AUGACACCUACGGCGCGCCGUCGCGGCCGCGCGCCCCUGGCGCACACCCCCAGUCAAUCAGCAUCACAAACGCACCUCGCCCCGCCCCCUUCGCGCGCGCCUCCGGAAGAAGACUACAAGUCCCAGAAGGUAGCUCGCGCACCUCGCCACGUGUUUUCUCCGCCCGCCAAUGGGCGGAAGCGCCGCUGUGUGUGUGUGCGAGGGCAAGUGGGGAGGGGGACCCAGCUCAGGACAGGGAGGCCCUGCUCGCAGGUCCCGGGGUCCGGGUGCCGGCCCGAGAGCUUGGUCCGCAGGCAGCGGGCGGGUGGUGCCCCCUCCUGCCCCCACCUCGCGCGUGCGCGCCCCAGCCCCUCCCUCCCCGUCACCCUCCUCAGCUCCCGCGCGGCGGCGGCGGUUCCUCUCCCCCUCCCCCCAGCCCUGGCUCCGGGGGACCCCGCGAUGCCGGUCCGCACCGAGUGUCCCCCGCCGGCCGGUGCCUCGGCCGCCUCCGCGGCCUCGCUCAUCCCGCCGCCGCCCAUCAACACCCAGCAGCCCGGCGUGGCCACCAGCUUGCUCUACAGCGGCUCCAAGUUCCGCGGCCACCAGAAGAGCAAGGGGAACUCGUACGACGUAGAGGUGGUGCUGCAGCACGUGGACACAGGGAACUCUUAUCUUUGUGGAUACCUGAAGAUUAAAGGCCUUACUGAGGAGUAUCCAACCCUUACGACCUUCUUUGAAGGAGAAAUAAUCAGUAAAAAGCAUCCUUUCUUAACUCGCAAGUGGGACGCCGAUGAAGAUGUUGAUCGGAAACACUGGGGCAAGUUUCUGGCUUUUUAUCAGUAUGCAAAAUCAUUUAAUUCAGAUGACUUUGACUAUGAGGAACUGAAGAAUGGGGAUUAUGUCUUCAUGAGGUGGAAGGAGCAGUUCCUGGUCCCAGACCACACCAUCAAAGACAUCAGUGGUGCUUCCUUUGCCGGCUUCUAUUACAUCUGCUUUCAGAAGUCAGCAGCCUCCAUAGAGGGUUACUACUACCAUCGGAGUUCAGAAUGGUAUCAGUCCCUCAAUCUGACCCAUGUCCCUGAACACAGCGCGCCCAUCUAUGAAUUCCGGUGACAGCGGUUCAGAGUGGCAACCAAAUAAAACUGAACUUGGCAA